GAACAGCAAGUGGCAAGUGCCAGUUGCUCAGCAGCACUUGCCCUGGCCGGACACAGACCGGGACUGCGGGAUUCGCAAGAGUCAAGACCGCCCGUAGAAGAUCUCUUCCUGAGACAUCAGCAUCAUCAGUUCCUUAUUAUCCUCUCGAUUGGUCUUCCUGAAACCAAAUUUUCAUUAUUCUUACCCAUCUUGAAGACUGGGCCUGAAUCGAGUCCACCUGUCAGAUAGUCCGGACUGUCGUACGUCGCGACGGUCAAAUGUCAGACGAUGCCAUGUGCGCCGAAGACGGUGUCAACGAGUGAGUGAGUUGGCGGCUAGUGUUUGCUAUACACCCUGACGCCGCCUCGGACACCUUCGUCAAGACCAAGUGAAGUGACUUAUUACACAUCGACUCCACGAUGGUCUGUUUACGCGCGUUCUGCACUCUGGUCUUCCUUAAUAUCAUCGCCGCUGCAACUUCACCGCCUUCGGACAAGGAGGACUGUAAGAGAAGGAUAGCCGAGUGCACAAUGAGCGACGGUACGAAUGUUCCUGUUUGCGGAAGCGACGGCGUUACGUAUCCGAGUCAGUGUCAAUUAAUAUCGAGGCAGUGCCAGGGUGUCUCUCUACUUAUCAAGCACACUGGCCCUUGUCCAGAAGCUCCAGCGUGCUUCUCCGCCAGACUGACUGCCCGCCUUGGGGCUCGUCCCGUUUGCCGUCCGGAUGGGACCUACGCACCGGUCCAGUGUCACACGGAAACAGGAUAUUGCUGGUGUGUCACUCCUCAAGGACGACCGAUACCAGACACUUCGGUAAGAGACCAAAGACCAAGAUGUUCGAGAGCAGGCUCCAGAUCUGGUGCUUCCACCAGGAGCGGUCAGAGGCGACGUUCGCCGACCUGGAAGUCGAGAAGACAGUACAACAACAGGCAUCGUAACACGUGUGAUCGUACUGAGAAAUCAAAAUUCAAUAGCAAUCUCAUUGAGAAUUUCAAAAUUGAAUUCAGGAGGACAAACAUAUCCACGGAUGGUGAUAAGAACGUGGAGCGUGUAUUGUCAUGGAAAUUCGUGACCCUGGAUAAGGACAGCGACGGAUACCUGAAUCGAGCCGAAUACAGGGAGCUAAGGAGGCUGGCGAAGAAGGCGGUGCGUCCUAAGAAGUGCGCGAGGACCUUCGCCAGGACGUGCGAUCUCAAUCGGGACCUUAAACUAUCCCGGCAAGAAUGGGGUGCCUGCCUGGCAAACGAUUUCACUCUACAUUUGUUCUUGUCGCUGAACCCUGCAGACGAGCGCGCCGAGGUCCCUGAGGCCCAGAGGACCCGCGCCACGGACCAAGUCUUAAAUGGAAAUCACCCACCUAAUCAUUCUCGGCCGGCAUUUAAUGACCCUCCGGAUACCAAGGAGGAGAGCGAUGCCAAUGACUGUAUAUCCGACAGAAGAUCUGUUCUGGAAGAUCAAAGACAGAAUACACAGGAGAAAUUUUAUAUUCCUCAGUGUACUCCAGACGGAAGGUACCUUAAAGUACAGUGUUAUUCAGGUUAUUGCUGGUGUGUUUAUCAGGAUACUGGAAAACCUAUACCAGGUACCUCGUCCAAGGAUCAUACUCCAAAUUGUAAUCCAGUGCCAAUCCCAAGCAGACCAAUGAAAGGUACGAUUGAACAAGGGUGUCCAGAAAUGAAAAAGCAACUGUUCCUCAGAGAUUUGAUGGACUUGAUGCAAAAGAAAAUGAAAGCCUCGAGCACAGACUCUGACGAGGCAUCUGUUAAGUGGCAAGCAUCCAAUGAGGAACGUAUUGCAACUUGGCAUUUUGUUAUGCUUGAUAAAAAUAAGAAUAAGGUCUUGGAAAGAAAGGAAUGGAAGAGCUUUCGUACUAUGGUCGCAAGCAAUAGACAGCUUCAACGAUGUGGAAAGAAGCUGCCAAGGUACUGCGAUGUCAAUAAUGACAGAAGGAUUAGUAUGACAGAAUGGCUCAGUUGCCUAAAUGCACAGCGUUCUGUAUCAGUGGAUAGUCCAGAAAAGCCAUCGACGUCGGAGCCGAAGAGAAAAGGUCCAAAUCCUUUGGAUCAGAUACUGAAUAGCGACGAUUAAAAAGUAUCAUGUGAUAUAAUGGCUAAAACAUCUGAUUAAACGCGUUGGUAUAGAGAAAAAUAUAUAUAUAUAUACAUAUGCGCGUACCGAACGUCAUUUCGUUCGGUUGAAUGAAUUUUGAAUUGGGAUAAAGUUUUAUACCGGUUAUCGCGUUGUUUUAAAUUUAUUUGUAUUUUUAUAUAUCCAGUGAUAAUUUUUUUAGCGUGUAAAACUUUCUUGUAAGUUCUUUCUUUUUCUCUUUCCGGUACCUCAAAGCUAAAUAAUACUAUGUUAUAUGCAUAUAAUUUGUAACGAUACAGUUUAAAUGAAGUAUUAAUGGUAUAUAAAUAUAUAUGCGUAUAUUUAUAUAUUUCACGUCUAAGGUGCUAAGUAGAUACAGAAGAGCUGCUUAUACAAUAUGUAUACAAUCUCAUGAUUCCGAAGUUCUGUAAACAGACAAUGCAGUGAGCUUACGCGUGUUUAAGCGAGCCAUAAGAAUAAAGUAAAACAGUCGGAUUAACUCUACAAAAUUUUUGACUCGAAUCUACGUGAACGCAAUAAUUAAGGACUAAUAAUAAAUACACAUAAUUCGUUUCCGGCGAUCAUAUAUAGUUCCUUAUGAAAUACUAAAUGAAGGAAUAAUGAUACUCAGCGCGUACAAGGUUGUUACGAGUCUCUGUAAACGGUAUUACGUUUAAGCCAACCUCGAUUGCUCUAUGCGUAUAGGUAUUAUAAAGAUGAAAGUAAAAACAAACAAGAAAAGUGAAAAAGGCCUAGAACACGUAUUACGAAUUGUAUUAAGGGGACUCCGGACCUCACAUUACCAUGCGAGUAAAAUGUAAACGAAAAUCAUGAAUAAGAGAUCCAAAGUCCUAAUAAGACUCCAUAGGGAUGAUAAGUCCUAUAUAUAUAUUCAACAAAUACUUGAAUGCGCAUGCAGAUGAAUUUAAAAAAUCUGUAUUAUCGAAGUGAGAAGCAUAUUUUUUAAAAUCAAAUACCUAAUUAGUGACCUUGAAGAGGUAAUAGGAAAAUAGCGUUUAAUUGCAGCGAUAAGAAGAUUGUGCAAGAAGGCCUAUUGGGAUCUUGUGUAUAAGAAUAAGAUGUGAUACCGUGACAUCUGGUGGCAGAAAAUAAAAGUAUUCGAAGGAUAAACUGUUCCUUCCUUUUCUUAUGACUGAAGGAAUUGUUCUUGCGCGUUUUCAAGAUUUGGCAUACAGAGGAUAUGAAUCAGGGGAAAAGUGUAUAAUAAUCGCUGCUAUUUUUAGGAGACCCUUUAUCUCCAUGUCAAAUCCCAAUAGGUAUAUACUCUGUAAAUGUGAACAAUACUGCAGUGUAAUUGUUUACUUUUGCAAUCAUUGUACUGCAUACUGUGCAUAUUUUUGUUGUUUAGAAUAGCAUAGGUGCGGUUACAAUUUAAAGUUAUCCAUAUAAAUUAAUAUAUGAAGAGGGGAAGAUUUAUUGAAAUCUAUUAGCAGGCGACGUCGACAUGUUCAUAAUGCAAAUACCGAAGUUGCAAUAUCGUUAAGAUUCUCUGUAUUCUCGAGUCACAUACCGUAGCGAUAUUAUGUCUCAUAAUUUAAGCAUAUAAAAUUGUAAUUUUUUUUUGUAAAAGGCAUUUCUCCAUUUAGUCAGGUUGCAGUUUAUGAUUGUAAUUUCCGAAUGAACACGCGAGCGUGUGAUCGAUUAUUUUACGUUAAAGGAUAAACGUCCUGACAUUAUUAAAUUAACAUCGUAACGCUGUUAUUUUAUUUCUGUAUCAUUCUCGAGAAAAAAGCUUGCUUAAUGCUCGAUUACUAUAAGGAGUGCAAUAAAUGUUAGUUAUGUAAAAGA